GCGAUCCUCAAUGCCUUGAUCCAUUUCAUCAAGCUAUUCGGUGGAGAUGAUCUCGGAAGAUUCAAGACGGAACAAUGAAUUCCCACGCAUUCUGUUCUCCCAGGCGACCUGCCCAUUGCCAUCACCUGCCCAACGCGAGCAGGAAGCAGGGCCGCCUCUCGCCACGAUGAAUCUGGACAUCAUCACUUUCUUCUCCUCCCGGCUCUCGGCUGUACGCAACCCGCCCUUUCCGAUCUGCGCAUUUCUCCUCCCGUUCCACCCCUUGCCUCACCCGGUUUAUCUCCGCAGCCAGCUUCCUAAUCUCUAAAGGAGGUGAUUGGCGGGGCAAGGCGGGGCGUCUCAGCAGGAGACCCAGCUGGGAAAUGUGCUUCUGCAGCGCCCAGCUGGCCAGUGAGAAAGUAGCACCUUCGCCGUCGGACGCCCAAAACUGACGGUAAAGUUAGCCCAGAGGCAUGGACGACACGGCAGUCGCCCCCGCCGAGAGCGCAGCUAUGAGCUACGACGUGAUCGUGGUUGGGGGAGGCAUCUCAGGCAUGUCAGCAGCUAAAUUAUUGUUUGAAUCUGGACUUAGUGUGGUGGUUUUAGAGGCUCGUGACAGAGUUGGGGGGAGGACUUUCACCAUUAGAAACCAGCAAGUGAAGUAUGUCGAUGUUGGUGGAUCCUAUGUGGGACCUACACAGAAUCGGAUUCUGCGACUGGCUAAAGAACUUGACAUAGAAACUUACAAAGUCAAUGUACGUGAGGCUACCCUCCUACAUACAAGGGGAAAUUCCUAUUCAAUGUAUGAUAUCUUUCCUUCAACGUGGAACCCUUUCAUAUAUCUUGAUUACAUCAAUUUCUGGAGAACAAUGGAUAAACUGGGAAAAGAGAUUCCUGCUGAAGCACCAUGGGAUGCACCACAUGCUACAGAGUUGGACAAAAUUUCAAUGAAACAGUUCAUUGACAAACAUUGUUGGACAAAAGCUGCCAGGGACUUCGCUGCAAGCUUUGUCAACAUCAAUGUCACUUCAGAGACACACGAAGUCUCUGCUCUCUGGUUCCUGUGGUAUGUGAAGCUUUGUGGGGGAACCACCAGGAUUUUUACUAUAACCAACGGAGGGCAGGAGAGAAAAUUUAUCGGAGGUUCUGGACAAAUUACAGAAAAGAUAAUGGAACUACUCAGAGAUAAAGUUAAACUCAAGAGUCCUGUAAUCCAUAUUGACCAGUCAGGUGAUGACAUCAUUGUGAAGACACUGAACCACGAGAUAUAUAAGGGCAAGUAUGUCGUUAGUGCUAUUCCACCGAUAUUGACUGGAAAGAUUCAUUUCACUCCGGAACUGCCAACAAUAAGAAACCAAUUAAUCCAGCGCCUCCCGAUGGGUUCUGUCAUUAAAUGCAUAAUGUACUACAAAGAAGCCUUCUGGAGGAAGUUGGGUUUCUGUGGUUGCACACUUAUUCUGGAUGAUGAUUCUCCCAUUUCAGUAACGUUAGAUGAUACUAAACCAGAUGGAUCCAUACCUGCUCUUAUGGGGUUUAUUCUUGCAAGAAAAGCCUUUAGACUAGCAAACAUUAGCAAAGAACAGAGAAAGAAAAAAAUCUGUGAAUUGUACGCUAAAGUGCUAGGAUCAGAAGAAGCUUUACAUCCAGUGCAUUAUGAAGAAAAAAAUUGGUGUACAGAACAAUAUUCUGGAGGCUGUUAUACAGCAUAUUUUCCACCAGGCAUUAUGUCCCAAUAUGGAAGAAUAAUACGUGAGCCAGCUGGUAGAAUCUACUUUGCUGGCACUGAGACAGCAACCCAGUGGAGUGGCUAUAUGGAAGGAGCUGUGCAGGCUGGAGAAAGAGCUGCUAGAGAGAUAUUGUACAGCAUGGGAAAAAUUUCAAAGAAUGAAAUUUGGGUAACAGAACCAGAAUCAAAGGAGGUUCCAGCACUUCCAAUUACCAUUACAUUUUGGGAGAGAAAUUUGCCAUCUAUUCCUGGACUGCUGUUCUUUCUUGGAUGGUCUACUUUCAUCACCUCAUUGGCUACAACUGGAUUCUUUGCUUACAAAAAGGGGAUUCUUUCCCGAUAAUGUAUCUGAACCAGAAAUUUCCAUUUAUUUCCUUCAUGCUAUGAAUGUUGUUUCUGAAAAAGCCAUCUUUCAUGCCCUUUGGAACACCUGGGUUAACACAUCCCAGCCAAUUUAAUUCAUCUUCCUUUAAAACACAAAGGGAAGCAGGAAAGGUUCUCUUUUCUUUCCUCAGUCACUUCCAGCUUAAAAGUUGGUGACCUCUCAUCAUAUCUUUCUGUGUAAUAUAUACUGUAAUGAGAACAAAGCAAGUUUGUCAUAAUCUUUGAAAAUUUUUCACUUGUCUUCAUGUUUCCAAAAUCUAAGGACGAACAAAAUCACUGUUGAAGGCUUACUCCAACUCUCCCUUCCCCCAGUCGAUGCCCUCUGGUUGUGUUGAACUGCACUCUGUGCUGUUGGAGUUUAAAGGAGAAAUGCAGCCAGCACAUCCUUCAGCACUAGAGGUGGGGAACGGGUAGGUACUCUGUGGCUUGUUAAACUGCCUUCAUAUCCUGUCAAGGCCCUGGUAAAUUCCAUAUGCUUCUGUUUAAAAAAGUAAAUGCUGCAAAAAUGACUUUGCUUGCUUUAUGCUAGGGUUACAUUCCCUCAAAAUCUUGUAUAAAACCUUGUAUACAUAAUGUAAAAAAGGGAGUUGUGGGCUGUGGUGUUAAAUUCUGCAAUCCAAAUACAUAGACAAAUGAAGGGUUUAUGAAGGGUUAACAUUUUGUUGUUCAUCAUGUAUACAUUUUGGAAUGUGGGUAGCGCUCUUAUCUUGGAUGGCAAACCUCAGUUAAGCAGCGUUCUCAGCAUAUACAAGAAUACAGGAUGAAACAAAGUUGUAACCCUGAAACAUUGUUGCAUAUACUUUCUAGCAUAAACACAUAUUCACACGAAAAACCAAUGAUGUAAUUACUAACCAAUUACUGUGCCUUGGAGAUUCAUUAACCAAUAAUGAAGUAACACGUAUGUUAGGUGAGAAAUGAGAAACUGAGAAACUAUAUAAACUUUGUGGUAAUGUUCAAUAAAGUGCUGUUGAUUGUGGACAUUGUUUGCUGUUUAAGUCUGAUCAAUCAUCUUCAGCCUUUGGGCCAUUUGCAACAGGCAAAUAUUCUCAUACAUUUCUAUAACUUUAUUUUUUGGCAGAAAACAACUCACAUAUGUUUUCUUCCUUGUCUUUGUUCUAUGUACAAUGAAAGCAUUCUCUCUAUCUUGUCUGUAGUUGGAUUUCUAAUGCAUGUGGUUAUUAUGGCAGCUGAAGAUACUGAAUGCAUCAUGACUCUAUGACUGUUAUCAGGAUUCUUCGUUAUGUUGCACCUGAUACAGUAACCUCUGUUAAAAGCUUGUCCUAAUGCCAAGGACCUAUCAUGGCAUGAUAUAAUAUGUCCAAUUUUGUUUCCAGAAUGAUUUUCCCUUUUAUUUUGUGUAAGUAGUUGUUGACCCCCAUUUCAUCCAUGGCAAUAAUAGUACUGCACACCAGAACAACUAGACACAAGAACAGUUUUUUCCCGAAGACUCUGCUAAACAAAUAAUUCCAUCAACACUGUCAAACUAUUUACUGAAUCUGCACUACUAUUAAUCGUCUCAUAGUUCCCAUCACCAAUCUCUUUCCACUUAUGACUGUAUGAUUGUAACUUGUUGCUGGCAAUCCUUAUGAUUUAUAUUGAUAUACUGACCAUCAAUUGUGUUGUAAAUGUUGUACCUUGACGAACAUAUCUUUUCUUUUAUGUACACUGAGAGCUUAUGCACCAAGACAAAUUCCUUGUGUGUCCAAUCACACUUGGCCAAUAAAAUUCUAUUCUAUUCUA